AUGGAGGCUGCUGGACAAAAGCACGGAUGGGAGUACUGCUGGAUUGCUCUGUGUUUCUCUUUGAUUCUGGGAUUUGCACAACAGACUUCAGCUCAGAUAAGAUAUUCUAUUCCUGAGGAAGUGAAAGAAGGAUUUGCUGUUGGAAAUAUUGCUAAGGAUUUGGGUCUUGAAAUAAGUGGGUUAGUUGACCGACAUUUUCGAAUCGUGUCUGGAUCUAAAGAGGAGCUCUUUCAGAUAAAUCAGGAAAAUGGCUUGUUAUACGUGCAUAAGAAAAUCGACAGAGAGUCUUUGUGUGUCAACAACGGUAUCUGCAUGGUCAAUUUAAAAACCGUCGUUGAAAAUCCUUUGGAGGUACAUUAUGUAGAGAUAGAAAUAUCAGAUAUAAACGAUAAUUCGCCUGUUUUUACUGAAAAAGAGCAACGCAUGAGCAUAUCUGAACACACGCAGCCUGGUGCUGAUUAUCAGUUACCGGCAGCCAGAGAUCCAGAUUCUGGAACGAAUUCGAUUCGUUUCUACAAAUUAACUCCUAAUGAUAAUUUUGAAAUUAAAGUAAGAGAGAGCGACGAGGAUAAACUGCCUUUUUUGGUGCUAAAGAAAGCCGUUGAUCGGGAGGUUACAACGACAUACAAUCUGCUUUUAACAGCAGUAGAUGGAGGGACACCCCCGAGAUCUGGGGUUCUUAACGUAACUGUUACCGUUUUGGAUAUAAAUGAUAAUCGCCCUGUUUUCAACCAAGAGACAUAUUCUGUGGAACUGCCUGAAAAUUCCGUCGCCGGCACUGUAAUAAUUCGAGUUAACGCAACUGAUAUUGAUGAGGGCCAAAACAGCGAAAUCGAAUACAGUUUUGCAACAUUGAAUAGCAAAGUACACGAAGUCUUUGAGCUGGAUCAUGUCAAGGGUGAGUUACGUGUUAAGGGGAAAGUGGAUUUUGAAGACGCUGAGGUUUAUAAGAUCGAUAUUCGAGCCUCAGAUAAAGGACAUCCACCAAUGUCUGCAAACUGCAGAGUUAUUAUUAAGAUAAUUGAUGUAAAUGAUAACAGACCAGAAAUUGAGAUUACAUCACUUUCCAAGAACAUUCCUGAAGAUUCAAAACCAGGUACUGUUAUUUCGCUCGUCAGUGUCACUGAUAAAGACGCUGGGAUUAACGGAAAAGUUAUUUGUCUGUUAAACAAAAAUGUUCCGUUUGAGUUGAAACCUUCAUUCAAAGACAACAUGUUCUCUUUGGUAACAAAAGAACGAUUAGAUAGAGAAACGAAUUCAGAGUAUGAAAUUAUAAUAACCGCCUCUGAUUUAGGACAGCCCUCUUUGACUGCAUCAACAAUGCUAAGUGUUCAAAUUUCUGAUGUAAAUGAUAAUGCCCCAGAGUUUUUUAUAAACCCGUUGGAGCUUUACUUAAUAGAAAACAAUGCUGCCGGUUCGUCCAUACUUUCUGUGAGCGCAUCUGAUAGAGACACGGCGGAAAAUGCCUUGAUAUCAUAUAACAUAGUCAGAGGAGCCGGAACCCAGAAUGAUAUAUCGUCUUUCUUAAAUAUAAACUCGGAAACUGGUGUUAUUUAUUCUCUGAAAAGUUUUGACUUUGAAACCUUAAAAACUUUCCAGUUCCCUGUGCUCGGUGUAGACUCUGGAUCUCCGUCUCGGAGCAGUAAUGUGACAGUAAAAGUGUUUAUUUUGGAUCAGAACGACAAUGUUCCAGUGAUCUUAUAUCCAGUCAGCGCUAACGGUUCUGCUGAGGGUGUGGAGGAGAUUCACCGGAAUGUGAACGCAGGUCAUUUGGUGACUAAAGUCAGAGCCUAUGACGCAGAUAUUGGAUACAACGGCUGGUUAUUAUUUUCACUGCAGGAAGUUUGUGAUCACAGUCUCUUUAGUUUGGAUCGCUAUACAGGACAGAUAAGAACCCUUCGCUCAUUCACAGAAACAGACGAGGCUCAGCAUAAACUGGUCAUACUGGUGAAGGACAAUGGGAACGUUUCUCUUUCAGCAACAGCGACUGUGAUUGUCAAAGUUGUGGAGCCCAAAGAGGCUUUUGCUGCUUCUGAUGUUAAACACACAGUGAAGGACGAGGAGGAAAACAAUGUGACAUUUUAUUUGAUCAUCACAUUGGGCUCUGUGUCAGUGCUUUUUAUCAUCAGUAUCAUCGUGUUGAUUGCAAUGCAGUGCUCUAAAUCUGCAAACUAUUCGUCAAAGUAUUUACAAGAUGCGAAUUACGACGGGACUCUGUGUCACAGCAUUCAGUACAGAUCUGGAGACAAACGGUACAUGCUAGUUGGACCCAGAAUGAGUAUCGGCUCUACUCUAGCAACUGGCAGUAAUAGAAAUACUCUAGUGAUACCAGAUCGCAGGCGGAGAGAUUCUGGAGAGGUAGGCGCAUUUAAAGAAAAUAUUUUAAAUAUUCGUAGGAUCACGAAACAGCUCAGCACUACUGCUCUGAAGAACUGGAGUGUUAAAUCGUAUACAAUGGGAUCCGAAGAACAAAGGCGCGGAUGGCAGUAUUGGUGGAUUUCUCUGUAUUUCUCUUUUAUGCUCUGCUUUGGACCGCAGGUUUCCGCUCAGAUAAGAUACACUAUUUCAGAGGAAGCAAAAGAGGGAUCUGUUGUGGGAAAUAUCGCUAAGGAUUUGGGUCUUGAUGUCAAUACGUUAGUGGCCAGACGUUUUCGUAUUGUUUCUGGAUCUGAGGAUACGCUUUUCCAGGUAAACACGAACAAUGGCGUUUUAUACGUCCAUAAACGAAUCGAUAGGGAGGAGCGUUGUGAUGGAAAUACGGCCUGCAUUGUUAACAUUAAAACAGUAAUCGAAGAUCCUUUGGAGGUCCAUUAUGUGGCUGUUGAUGUUACUGAUGUGAACGAUCAUGCGCCUAGAUUUCCAGAGAAAAAUCAAAAAGUGGAAAUUGCAGAGAGCACACAGCCCGGGGCGCGCUUCCAACUACAAGCUGCGCGUGAUCCUGACAUUGGUGUAAAUUCUGUGCGGUCUUAUAAAUUGAGCCAAAACGAACAUUUUGAUUUGGAAAUAAGGGACAGGGGGGACGAGAAAAAUCCAUUUCUGCUUUUAAAAAGGCCACUGGAUAGAGAAAAUCAAGCUGAACAUAAAUUAAUAUUAACAGCCAUUGACGGUGGAAGUCCACAUAGGUCAGGAAUAUUAAAUAUAACGGUCACGGUUCUGGAUAUUAAUGACAAUCGGCCUGCAUUCAGUCAAGAAGUUUACACCGUUAAUUUACAAGAAAAUGUGCCAGUUGAUACUAUUGUGUUAAAAGUUAAUGCUACUGACAUUGAUGAGGGCUUGAACGGUGAAGUGCGAUAUACGAUCGAUGGAAAUCUAAACAGUAAAGUUAAUGACAUUUUUGUGUUGGACAGCGUCUCUGGGGAAAUUCGAGUUAAGGAUAAAAUUGACUUUGAGGACGUCGAAGUUUACAGACUAGAUAUAUUCGCGUCUGAUAAAGGGACCCCCCCAAUGACAGUUGACUGCAGAGUUAUAGUCAAAAUAUUAGACGUGAACGAUAACGCCCCUGAAAUCGAGAUUACAUCCCUGUCCAACAUUAUUCCUGAAGAUUCAAAACCAGGAACCGUCAUUUCAUUAAUUAGUGUGACAGAUAAAGAUUCUGCUUCCAACGGCAAAGUUGUAUGCACUUUAUCUGCUAAUGUGCCAUUUGAACUGAAACAAUCUGUUCAAGACAAUAUGUAUUCCUUAGUGUCUAAAACGCUCUUGGACAGAGAAGCGACGUCUCAGUAUGAAAUCACAAUAAUCGCGACAGACCUAGGUCAACCCCCUUUAACCUCGUUUAAGACGCUUACUGUACAAGUUUCGGAUGUUAAUGACAACAUUCCGGAUUUUAUUACCAAUCCCCUUGACAUUUAUUUACUGGAAAGCAAUGUCCCUGGUGCCUCUAUCCUCUCCGUAACCGCAUUUGACAAAGACAUAAAUGAUAAUGCUUUAAUUUCUUAUCAAAUAAUUAGAAAGGACGGUACACCGAAUGAUAUGGCUUCAUUCUUGAACAUAAAUUCUGAAACAGGCGUAAUAAGUGCGCUUAAAAGUUUUGAUUUUGAAACUUUAAAAACCUUCCAGUUCCACGUACUCGCUAUGGACUCUGGAUAUCCGUCUCUGAGCAGUAACGUUACAGUGAACAUGUUUAUUUUGGAUCAGAAUGACAAUGUUCCAGUGAUCUUAUAUCCAGUCAGUGCUAACGGUUCUGCUGAGGGUGUGGAGGAGAUUCCGCGCAAUGUGAACGCAGGUCAUUUGGUGACUAAAGUCAGAGCCUAUGACGCAGAUAUUGGAUACAACGGCUGGUUAUUAUUUUCACUGCUGGAAGUUAAUGAUCACAGUCUCUUUAGUUUGGAUCGAUAUACAGGACAGAUAAGAACCCUUCGCUCAUUCACUGAAACAGACGAGGCCCAGCAUAAACUGGUCAUACUGGUGAAAGACAAUGGGAACGUUUCUCUGUCAGCAACAGCGACUGUGAUUGUCAAAGUUGUGGAGCCCAAAGAGGCUUUUGCUGCAUCUGAUGUUGAAAACUCAGUUAAAGACGAGGAGGAAGACAACGUGACAUUUUAUUUGAUCAUCACAUUGGGAUCUGUGUCGGCGCUUUUUAUCGUCAGUAUCAUCGUGUUGAUUGUAAUGCAGUGCUCUAAAUCUACAGACUAUUCGUCCAAGUAUUUACAAGAUAUGAAUUAUGACGGGACUCUGUGUCACAGCAUUCAGUACAGAUCUGGAGACAAACGGUACAUGCUAGUUGGACCCAGAAUGAGUAUUGGCUCUACUCUUGCGCCUGGCAGUAAUAGGAAUACUCUUGUGAUACCAGAUCGUGUGAGGAGAGAUUCUGGGGAGGUAAGAUGA